AUGCCAGUCCAACCUCGCGUUGACAGAAUAAAAACUAUAUAUUCUGCUGCGAAAGCUUUAAAUUACGGCUGGAGAUUCACAGACUUUCUGAAAACUCCAUCCCAUAAUGGAGUCUCAAAAUACAUUCCUCAAUUACACAGAAUCACAUUCAGAUUUUGUAAGCAAAGUGAAAGCAGUGUUGGAAUGAGAAACUUUUUAGAGAAUAGAGCAGUUGCACUAGGUGAAACGGAGCCUUCAGUAGUAAUAUAUGCUCAACCAGUCCGCAAUAGUAAUCCUACAAUACGAGCAGAGUAUGCUAAUGGAAGGGUCAUCCAGAUAAAUGCUAAAAACCUAUCAGCAUCACAAAUCGAAAAAGAUAUUAAUCUUCUCUAUUCACGUUCAGGUGAACCUGUUGUGAAGCUAGAGAGUAGACAAUCAGCUCUCGUUCCUUCAGUUCAGGGCGAAUGGACACCUGUAACUUGGAUAUCAAGCAAGUUGAAUGUGGCGGAAUUCCCUUCCACUGACUUCGGCGAUAAGAAAACUUGUAAGGUGUCCGCCUCAGAUUAUGUUUUAAAGAAUGGUAUCUAG